AUGGAUGACUUUACUUAUAAUUUGAUUCCUUUACUGCAAGAUGAUCCAAUGCUUUUUGAAUAUUUGCCAAUCUCAACAGUUCAUCCCGACCUAGAACCCGCAAUCCCUCAUCAAGAUCUGCAAAAUCAGGUGGUUGCAUCUUCGCUUGCUUCACGUCAAGAAAAGACUGAGGAGAUCAUCAUCAGGAACAAUAUCAACACGGCCCCGAAAAGGCAGACAAAGGCAUCAUCAGCUAUUCGACCUGAUAAUCAUGACUCUGGGAAGAACCCUGAUGAGAGCAAGCAGAAAAAAGCCUAUCAUAGAGAUAUCGAGCGCCGAAGGAGGCUAGAAAUGGCGGAGCUUUAUGCUUCUCUCAGAAAUCUACUGCCUCUUGAAUGUAAAAAGACAAAGGGUUCCGCUUCGGAUCAUCUUCUUGAUGCAGUGAAUCAUAUAAAACACAUGGAGAAGAACAUUAGGGAAUUGGAAGUAAAAAGGGAUAAGCAAAUAAAUUUAAUGGCUGGAUCGAGCAAUCUGGACGUCAAAAUUGUUGAGGAAACGAACUCUUCUGCUAUUAAGUUCACACUCAGGCAAUGCUCGGGUGGUGGAAUUGAGAUUCUGAUGAAGAAUUACUUGGCAGAUACUAAAUGGUUUCCUCUAUCAAAGAUACUGGAUGUGCUGCUUGAUGAAGGUCUUGCUGUUGUUAGCUGUGUCUGCACCAAAGUCAAUGAGGAAUUUCUUUACACAAUCCAAACUGAGGCCAAUGCAGAUGUUGAUCUAAUUUGUCUGCAAGAAAAGCUGACGAAAAAUGUCGUGACUGGGAAAGACUUAAAAGUCCUAGAGCAAUACAGGAAUUGA